UUACUGGGCUGCUGCUGCGCCGCCGGGAGACAAUGAGGCGGAGGGGUGUGCGAGGGAUAGCCCAGUGAUUGGGUUGGCAGCAUCGAGCAUUGCAGCAUCGAGCAUCGUGACUCUGGACGUUCGAAACGAAUUCGCUGUCCAGCAUGGGCCCGGCCGCGUCGUGGCAUGAUGGCCAAGGGCAGCCCCGCCGGCGCGUCCCGGCGCGCAUGAUGACAGUCCACUUUGCGCCGCCUUCUGGGAAGCCCUUGGCUGGGCUGGGGCGGCGGGCUGGGGGUGACCUGAGAGAAUCGGGACCCGGUACGAAGUCGAGAGGGACGACGACGAAUUGGGAAACCCAUGGCUUGGGACUUGGGGGACUUGGGACUUGGGAGCCUUGCCCUGGACGUCAACCAGGGGACAAACUACAGUACACCGGGGAACCCGCCCUUGGAGGGUUGGAGGUUGGAGGUUGGAGAGAGGAUGAUGGAUUGGGCCACUGCAUUUGGAUUGCAUAUAGCUUUUUAAAGACCCGCCUCGCUCAUGCGCCCGACCCUCUCCCACGUUCUCUCUCAACUUCCCGACUCUCGCAGUCGAUCCCUUCUUACUUCCCAUUCACCACUUACCGUUCACCCUUUCCCCAUUACUCACCGAGGACCACUCUGUGCCUCUCUCUCUCUCUCUGCCCCCCUCUCCCCCCCCGCUCCAGACGAUUGCAUCAAGUGGUUCGCCUCAUUGACCUGACUUAUCGGAGACUACUGUGCGUGUACAGCAGUAGCUUGUAGCUUUGCAGCCGUAGCCGCAGAAAGUCACAGAGUUAGCAGCCGACGCCAACGCAUCCAAGCAAGGACGCAAGCUGUCGUGCAAAGGCAACAAAGAGACCAAGAAAAAAAGUCACCCUACGACUCACAGGGAAAAGACGCACGAGAUCGUCUCCAUCGGCAUUGGAACCUACGCGAUUUUUCACCGACCGACCGCAUUACUGAGACUCCGCUCUCCCGCCUCCCGCCGCCCGCGUUUUGCAAUCGCCCGCUCCUCGUCCCCCGCCUCCGCCUAGACCAUUCCGCCAGGUUCCUCCUGCUCCAAACCCUUGCUUGCUUUUCCCGUUCAAUU